CUCAGAAUUGGAAUUAUUGUUUAAAAAUGCAAGCAGUUAAUCCUAAGAAAAAUCCGAAUUAUGUCCAUAUCGCAGAAAUUUGGAAGGACCACGUACGUCAUGAAUACCAAGCAUGGAGGAACUGGCCUGAAAGAUGGGGCUUCAUCAUUAAGGAGUAUGCUAGAAUGAACAACCGUCUAAGAGGAGAGCUGGUCUCACCGGAUCCCGAAGACAAGUACUUUUACGAUGACUGUAAAACAGAGAGUUCGGUGAGCCCCGACGAUAGUAUUUCCCGCCAAUUCUAUCCAUCUGACAAAUCAGUUCUCUCCUCCCUGUCGGGCGCUAAACUCAAACGAUCAUCAGCGUACAGCAACCUCCCGAAUAUCAUCAACGGAACGUCAUGGAAAGACAAGCAGUCAUCGAGCUCGACACUUGAUGAGACUGUUGUCGAUGCCACCGAAAUCGAUAUCGAUAAGUCAAAGUCCGAGAAGUUACCGGCGAUCAAACCCGCCCCACCAGCUGGCUACGCCCGCACAACGGCUUCUCUUAUUGGUUGGAAACAAGGAAACAAACUGGAGACAUUUGGGCGUGCACCUAAUGCAAGAGGACAUCAAGGCAUUUUGAAGCAAUUUAAUUGGCCAAUGCAAGGAAUCAUGUGACCUACUAUAUGGCGCCAUUAACAUGGUUGAGCCUAUGUCAUGUGCGUGCUUAACCAGAAUUGCUUUUUUUUCUUUUUACUCCACGAAACAAUGCGAUUUUUUCGUCUUUCUCUCGAGCAAUAAUAUUUCGUCGGAGAAAAUAAAGGCCACAAAACUUACAUAAUAUAUGCCUAUCAAAAUA